CUCUCAGCUAUGAGAUUGCCUCUAUUGCAGCCAGGCUGGUCCUUUUGCAGCAUGUGGCUGCUUCUUUUGCUUGGUUGCCUUAUAGUGCCCUUGACAGCUGGUGCUACUAGCUCCAUGGCUCUAGACUUCCCAGGGACAGUGUCUUGUUACAAUGACAAAAUGUUGAUUGGGUUUCCCAGAGAGCUUGGAAGCGACUUCUGGCAGGUCCAUGUAGUUGAUACAAGUGGUGAAGAGAUUGUAGACUGUGACUACAUGGUGGAUCAUGAGAGGCUGACUCUAACUGCUCUGUAUGUGAACUGCACUAGACUAGAGCAUGACCAACACCAGCUGAGAAUAGAGCUGCUGCUGCUCAACAGGACCAGUGCAGGGGACAAGAACAUAACCUACAGUAUUGGCUGUGAUGCUCUUCCAGCCGAUGAAGUUGUCCCUACUAUUUUUACAGGAGCUACAAACUGUACUAAAGACUUCAUGGCAGUUGUAUUUCCAAGACUCCUUCCCAGUUUUGCUGAUGAACACAUGACUACAGAGUCUCAGAUGGCCUGGAUACUGUCCAUAGAUGAUGGAACAAGAACACACAGGCUAAGCCUUUGGCAAGCCAUGCAGCAAGGAUACACAUUCCUAGCUGACAGCAAUAACCUAAUUUUCCAGGUUUCUUUUGGUGCUACUGGAGUCACCUCUUACAAGCAAGACAACCAGAUGCUGUAUACUGUGGCACUCAAGCUUUCAUAUGGGCCUCCUGACCAGCGACUAACUGUAGAAUCAAGAAUGAUCUGUGCACCAGGCCCAGCAACCUGUAACUCAACACACAUGACUGUUGCCAUCCCAGCUUUCCCAGGGAUUCUCUCAGCUGUCAGUGUAGAAAAUAGAAACAUUCCCAUGAACCAACUCCAAGCAAAUGGAAUUCUUCUAGAUGCAAGAAGGGGAGUGAAGCUGCACAUCAACAGAAGAACCCUGAAGUCCAGACAGUAUGAGGAGAACUGCUUAGGACUUCAGUCAUACAUGGCAUCUCUAAGGCUAACUUUCAACUUCCGUGGAGAAAUGCUGUCAAUGGUGACCUAUCCAGAGUGUCCCUGUGACCAACAUGCACCAAUAGCUGCUGUGUGCACUCAGGAUGGCUACAUGGACUUUGAAGUACUCAGUGACAGGACAAAACCAGCCCUAGACUUGGAUACCAUCAGGCUAAGAGAUCCUACAUGCAAACCAGUCUUCAAGUCUCCCUCAAAUGACAUGGUUCGGUUUCAUGUCCCACUGAACAUGUGUGGAACAAGGCAGAGGUUUGAAGGCGAGAGGACCAUUUAUGAGAAUGAAGUUCGUGCCUUGUGGGCAGAUCUACCACCACGCAGGAUUUCUAGGGACAGUGAAUUCAGGCUGACAGUAGUGUGCACCUACAAAAGUGGUGAUGUGUCCCUGAGCGCAAGGAUAAGCAGUCUCCCUCCUCCAGUUUCUUCAAUAAACCAGGGUCCUCUCUCCUUGAUCCUGCUGAUCUAUCCAGAUGACUCCUACUUGCAGCCCUACAGUGAUGACCAGUACCCCAUUGUAAAAUAUCUGCAGCAACCAAUCUUCUUGGAAGUGCAAGUUCUGAACCGCAAUGACCCCAACAUCAAACUGGUAUUGGAUGACUGUUGGGCAACAACAUCACAAGAUCCAAGCUCUCUGCCCCGGUGGAACAUUGUUGUGGAUGGGUGUGACUAUGAACUGGACAACUACAGAACUGCAUUUCAUCCAGUGAGCCUUGCAGUCAGCUAUCCCAACUAUCGCCAGAGAUUUGAAGUGAAGACCUUUGCCUUUGUAGUGGGUGACAAAGCUCUCACUAGCCUAGUGUAUUUCCACUGCAGUGCUCUACUCUGUGACAGACUUCAUCUGGACUCCCCUCUGUGUUCACCCAGAUGUCCUCUGUCAGCUAGAAACAAACGAGAUCUUGUGAAAGAAGCAAAGAACUCAGGUGUAGCAAGCUUACCUGGUCCUGUUAUCAUUGUAGCAGAUGAAUGGCCUUCAACCCAAGAAGAGACUCAACUGAGAGAAGCAUGGACCACUGUUGCAACAGCAGCUACUGUGAUCCUUUGCCUGAUGGCCACUUCAUUGGUGUCAGUGGCUCUCCUUAAUCUGAAGAGGACAAAAGCUGUAAUGGUAAACUGAGACUGUA